AUGGCUAAGAAAAAGGAUCCCAUAGCUGAGGGGCUUCACACAAGUGCAGAGGCGUAUUGGGCUGCUCAGCAGUCUUUGUUGGCAGACCACGGAUACCAACUAAGACCAAGGUAUCAUCCUAAUUGGAAACCAUCUUGGAAGGGACCAUGGAACUUUAUAUUUAAAGAUAUGCAUGAAUGUCCUGAUUGGAUUGGACUAUAUAAUCGUAAAGUAAUUGACGCGGUCAGGGUAGAAGACGGUGGUAGAGUGGUGAUCAAACGAGUCACUCUAGAACUCGACAAUGUUCCGUUGUUGCAGCAUUUAAACUCUCCAGAGAUGCGCAAGGAUCCUAGGAAUAACGCAGUCCCACUCCUUGAUGUGAUAAUCCCACCAACAUCAAACGAAGGAAAAAGCGACCAUACGGUCUUCCUUGUUAUGCCAAUGCUCUUUCCAUUGAUGUCCUGGCAUCUUCCAUUUCGACAUGUCAAGGAAAUCGUGGACGUCUUUGAGCAAGUCAUUCAGGGAGUUGCUUUUCUACACGAGCAUAACAUCGCUCAUAGAGACGCUUGUAACCUGAACUUCAUGAUGGAUCCAACCGAUGUUAUCCCUAGCAGUUUUCACCACGGGGACAAUUAUUAUCAGCCUGACGGAAAGACUCGUAUUGAAUUCAAGGACCGAUGUUCAGUCUCUCGUGUCAAAUACUACAUCAUCGAUUUUGAGUUUGCAAACUAUUUCCCCAAUAACAAACUCUGUGUCGGACUUUAUGGACAGCAAAAAGACGUUCCCGAAAUGUCCCGCACAGUGCCAUAUGAUCCUUUUAAGCUUGAUGUAUUCCAGGUUGGAAAAUUGAUCGAAAAGUUCAUCAAGAAAUACGAAGGACUUGAUUUCCUCCAACCUUUGUUCGAAGCCAUGACUAGACAGGAUCCCAAAACAAGACCAACAGCGGCUGAGGCUCUUGACCAGCUGAGGCAGACCGUUUCCUCCCUGACAGAUUCCGAUAUGUCUUCAGAGAUCUGGAUGAAAGACAUGACACCUGGAUUACACAGGCUGCAAACCUUGAAUGGUACACCUAGGCCUAGCUCCCGUCGUCUAUUGUUUGAUGGUAGUAAAUGCAGACAGCUUUUAUCUCAAAUUGUAUAA